AUGCAACAUGAAAAGGAGCUUUUGACGUUACGCUUCAAUAGAAUGAAUUCUGUAAGGGUAGAGUACGCCCUAUGGUCGAUCGAAGGUCCUAAACCCCAGCGACCAAGCACUCCCGCCCCCAAAAGCUACGACCGAAGAACCGCCAGGUUGUCAAGGACACGUCUGAAGAAGAGGCGGGCGCCCUCACAGUUUACCACCCUACCUACUAAUGGACGGGGGGUAGGCGAAGGGGAACCGACCGAAAACCCGAACCGCUGUUCUGACCCCUUCAUAGUCCAUUCAUUAGGGUUGGGGAUGAAUGAAACCAAUCAGAAGUGCUUCAAGCGAAGCCGGGAAACGGACCGCAGCGCAACGACUAGGACUCGUGUCGGAGGAGUUUUGAGCGUGAGCUACCACUUAGAAAAUGGAGAUUCUCGGACGGGGAAAAGCGACACUCGACAUCUAUAA